AUGAUGAUGAUGAUGAUGAUGAUGAUGAUGAUGAUGAAUGAUGAUGAUGAUGGUGAUUCGGAUGAUGAUGAUCAUAAUGAUGACGAUGAUGUUUCGGAUGAUGAUAAUGAUGAUGAUGAUGAUUCGCAUGAUGCUGUUGAUGAUGAUGAUGAUGAAGAUGUUGAUGAUGAUGAUGAUGAUCAUUAUGAUGAUGAUGAUGAUGAUGAUGAUGAUGAU